AUGAACACGGGUGUGAAUAUAUUCAUCAAGGUGACUAUGAACAUGGGUGUGAAUAUAUUCUUCAAGGUGACUAUGAACACGGAUGUGAAUAUAUUCAUCAAGGUGACUAUGAACACGGAUAUGAAUAUAUACAUCAUUGUGACUAUGAACACGGAUAUGAAUAUAUCCAUCAUUGUGACUAUGAACACGGAUAUGAAUAUAUCCAUCAAGGCGAAGAUGCACAG